UCGGGAUGAGAAUGACAAGGCUCAUUUGACAGAUGACUGGAAGGUUUUCGGGGCGUGUCAGUUUGUAAACAACAAAGCUGAUGCUUCAAACAGAGAUCUUCCUGCGACCAAAAGACUCCUGAACACUGAGGACUAUCAGAAAAGUCUCUGUCAACACAAUGGCAACACCAACCCCUCUGUCCAAGGCCAACACCACCUUCUCUCUGGCUUUGCUCAAAAAGCUGAGAGAUGGCGACAGCACUGCGAAUGUCUUCUACUCCCCUUUCAGCAUCUCCUCAGCCCUCGCUAUGGUGAUGCUGGGGGCCGGCGGCAACACACACACACAGAUGUCAGAGUGCCUGAAAACCAAGGACUGCCAGGAUGAAGUCCAUGUCAGCUUUGCCCAGCUGCUGAAGGAGCUCAACAAGGCUGACGCUCCGUAUGCCCUCAAUGUGGCCAACAGGCUGUACGGGGAGCAGUCCUACCAGUUUGUUGAGGAUUUCUUAGGGGAAACCAGGAAGCACUACAAUGCAGAGCUGGAGUCUGUGGACUUUAUGAGCAAGUUCGAGGCAGCCAGGGUCAACAUCAACAACUGGGUGGAAGAAAAGACACAAGGUAAAAUUAAGGACGUGCUGGCCGAGGGUGUGGUGGACAGCUCGACCAUGCUGGUGCUGGUCAACGCCAUCUACUUCAAAGGCCACUGGAACAAGCAGUUUAAGGAGAGUGCCACACGUGAUGGACUAUUUAAAGUCAAAAAGAAUGUCACCAAGCCUGUGAAAAUGAUGUACCAGAAAACCAAGUUCCCUCUUGGGUACAUCCGUAAACCCUGCUGCUGCCAGAUCCUUGAGAUGCCUUACAAAGGAAAGGAGCUCAGCAUGCUCAUCUUUUUACCAAACGAGAUGGAAGACAGCUCAACAGGUCUGGAGAAGCUGGAGAAGGAGCUGUCCUAUGAGAACUUUGUAGAGUGGACUCGUCCUGACAUGAUGAGGGAUAUUGAGGUCCAGGUGGGGCUACCUCGGUUCAAGAUGGAGGAGAGUUAUGAUUUGAAGAAUGUCCUGAUGAGCAUGGGCAUGGUGGACGCCUUCGACAUGGGAAUGAGUAACUUCUCUGGCAUGUCCCCUGCCAACAACCUGGUACUUUCCAAAGUCGUCCACAAGGCUUUCGUGGAGGUCAACGAGGAGGGAACUGAGGCUGCUGCUGCCACUGCUGUGACGCUGCGGAAAUGUUGUGCCAUGCUUCCAGCCACCUUCAUCGCAGACCACCCCUUCCUCUUCUUCAUCCGACACAACCCCUCCAUGAGCAUUCUCUUUGCUGGCCGAUACUGCUCCCCCGAGUGAGCGCUGCAUCGUUUAAAGCAGCUAUUCUCAACCUUGGGGUACCGACCCCAAGGUUGAGAAUAGCUGGUAUAUGGGACUAAAGGUUUUGCAGAAAGAAAAUGACAAAUCACUCUGCACCGUUUGUGCACAUUUUCAUCUGUGUUUUUGUUCUCAAGACCAGGAAAAAAAAAAACUUCUACGUUGUUGCAUUAGGGGCUCAGUGGGAUUAAAGCCUUUUUAAAAAGUUCACUGUGAAUUAAGUUUACUCAGUGAUUCUGUGAUAUAUGUCCUGCACCUUUACAUUCCAUUUAUAAUCUCAUCCAUCCAUCACAAAACACAAAGUAUUGCAGUUGUUUCUGUUCUUUUGUGCUAAAUCCCAAAUUUGAUCUCAAAUUAAAUUAACGUUUCAUUUGGUCAUAAAUAAACAUGCAUGUGUUUAAGUUCCCUGUAAUUAAGUAUGAAGAAAGUAUUGUGUUAGCUCUCUUUAUGUCAUCUGAAUAUCUUACAAUUAGAGAAGUUCUCUUCACGUACUUAGUAAACCAAAGAGUGUAAUAUAUACAAAAACACAUGGUCUUUUAUGUUUACAACUAAUUAACCUACUGUAUUUUCACCAUUCAAAGUAAAAAUUAAACGCACUGUUAUUUUACCAUAUCUAUUUUGAGCAUGGGUUUUGCAGCUGCCACUGGAUGAAGCAUGUUUGCUUUGUUUGAACAAACAUAAUAAAGAGCGUGGUAUGAA